AUGAACGUCACUGGUGCUGGUCUUACUCACGUCAAGGAUUUCCAUUCCGAUGAAAUGAGAGUUUUCAGAGGAGGUCUCAGACAUAUUGCUGAUAAGCAAGGUAACUUAAUCUAUGGAUCUGUCAAUAGUUCCGUCAGAUAUUAUCACGAUAAGAUGUCUUACGAAAGAGGUUUCAUUUAACACUCUAGAUCUCCUUCUAACUAAUUCAUUAACUUCCACUUUAUGCUCGGUGGUUUCAGAACCUACGUUCUUGAAAGAUUCUUCAAGCAAGUCUGGUACAGAAGAAAUAUUAGAACUUUCUGGUUCCCUGUCUUAAUUUCCUACACAUCUGGUUGCAUCACCAUGAGAAUGUACGAUAACAACUGUUACGAUUACUUCUAUUUCUCUGACUGA